UUCACAUCAGUAGAACUCGAGUUGCCUUUGUACAAAGAGCUAGUUGUACAAGUAAUAAGUAUGCAGAAAAUAAGUGUACUAUUCAAUGAUUCUUUAGAUAAAGAAUUGAUUGAUUUUAGUGUUUCACCAGCAUCCGAUCUACUCGAAUAUGCUAGUAGUAAAGUCACAAAACUACUCAGCAAUAUUUGUUGUUUGCUUGCAGUAAUCAUAUCAUUCAUAAUGGGAUUUGAGUACGAUAAAAUAUACAAAAAAGCCAAAAUCAAAGUUAGUGAAAAGGAAAUUUUACGUAUUAUAGUUGUUGUUGUUUUGUUUAUGCUGUUACCUAUUGUUUUAGUGUGUAUAGUGUUAAGUUUAGUGUAUAAAAGUCUGUGUGCAGUAAUUAUUAAGAGUAGAGACAAAAACUUUGUUAAGUUUCUCGAUAGUUUUGAUGUAUUUUGGUGCUUGGAGGACAAUGCGAACAGUAAUAUUAUUGAAGUGUUAGGUAUAAUUCAGGCUGAUUGUCCAUAUGCACUGGUGGAUAAAAUAAGAGAAAAGUUGGAGGAUGUCAUAUCAAAUAAAUCGGUUGAAAAAAUAUUUUAUAGAAGGCAAGAACAAUUCGGUUUUUAUUACUGGCGCAAGAAUGAUGACGUCAACAUCAACCAAUACGUAAAGUUGCUAAACGUAACGAACAAAAAUAGCCUAAAUCCUGACGAUCUAGAAAGUCUCAUGAGUGAAUUGACUAAGAAAUCAUUGCCGUAUAAUGGCGAAGGUCUUUUUGAAAUCUUAAUCACCGAUAUUGAGUUAAAUGAUGAAGGCGAUCUUUUAGAUAGUUACGCAAUCAUAUUUAGAAUACAUCAUUCAGUGGGCGAUGGUAUUGCCUUGAUAGAGUUUCUGUGUGAAAUUCUAGCAGAUGAUACCAGUCAAACAGUCCAACUGUUUAAAGCACCUGAAGUUUGUAAUCUAUUUGAUCAGAAUAUGGUAAAAGACAUAGCAGAGUUAACCAAAACAAUAAGUGAAAUGAUACUGUGCGCUGUGGAGGGUGUUAUAAGGAAACCCGAUAUAAAUUCGUUACAUGGACCGACGUUAGAGGGUAAAAAGAUAUUUAAAUGGAUUGAUUCGAAUGAUAAUUUACUUCAAAUGAUAAAGCAUAUAAAAGAAAAACAAGAUGACUUAAACUUUUCAGAUAUAUUAGCGACUGCUUUGUCGAAUGGAUUACGAAAAUAUUUUUCUCAGACUAUGUUGUACAUACCAGAGCAUGUCGCAGUAAUUAUCCCAAUUAGAUUGAGUACAAAUGAGGACACGCUAAUUUUGGAAAACAAUUUCACUGUCAGCAUUCUGGACUUACCGCUCAAUAAUGAUUUGAGGUCUAUAAGCACUUGCUGUAAUCGACUACGAAGAAGUCUAGAUCCUAUGACGAACCACUACUUGUUAAAAUUGUGCAACGUUUUCCCGAAUUAUAUUCUGGAGCAGGUUUUUAACAGCGAUCAAGCGACGAUGGUUUUUAGCAACAUACCGGGACCCAAGCGUUUGAGCAUUUGUGGUUGUGUAGUGAAAUCUUUGGUAUUCUUUGUACCAAAUAAGGGCACUACAGGUGUGGGUGUCACUGCUUUAUGCUAUGGCGGCGUGUUGAGGUUUGCAGUAAUGGCCGAUUCAGCUCUUCUAUCUAGGCCUGAGGAUCUAUCGAAUAUUCUAGACGGAAUGGUUGAGGAAAUCAAGCGAUUGUAUGCAGAGAACGUAGCAGUGUAACUUAAAAUUGUGGUGUGGCCGCUCUGCAUUGAUUUCUCAGUAAAAGAUAUGGAGAAAAUCAGUAUAAAGCAUUUGCCAACCAGACAACUAUAUUUUAAAGUGCACAAUAAUUCUCCGCAGGUAAAAGAUUAAGAAUAAGAAUACAAUGAAUAUCUUCACAAUAAAAUUAUUUAAUGAAUAAAAUAACUAAUGAGUAAGU